AAGCUAGUUGAUUUAUUAUAGUUAACGAUACUAUGCAGCUGUUCACAGAAUGUGACAGCUUUUUAAUUUCGGCCUAGUUGCAGAAUCACUUAAUAUAAUAUUACAUAUAAUUUAAAAACGUUUAUUUUUACGCGUAGACAUUAGUAUUACUUAUUACAUAUAAGUCUACACAGGUACGACCACCAUCGAAUAGAAGAUAUGCCGCAGGCUGCGAUCGUGCCGCUGCUGUUGCUUUCAGUUAUUUUCUCAAAUGUUGUCGGUCAACAAGUUAAAUCGUGGAAACCUAGCAUAGAUUUUGAUGAUCCAUUCAACUGGGAGACUGAAAAGAUGCCAUCCUCUAUAGACGUGGCCAUUUUCCAAGAAGACACUUCUGUACCAGUUGUUUUGCCUUCGGUUGGAGUGGAUGUUUGUCAAAUGAUUUUACCAAGUAAUGGUGAACUUAUUCUUGAGCCCAAUUCUGCGUUUACCGUAUCCACAUCUGUGUCUAAUGAAGCUUUUGGGAACAGUGGGUGCACAGGACAAAAUAUAAGUUUCAAAAAAAAAUCCCCUUUGUUAUGGGCUGAUCCAGAUAAUUGGUCGAGUAAUUCUUCUAGUGCUACACCUCACAUUGAAAAAAUACCUUGUGAACAUGAUAUAGUAUACUUCAAUCCACACAAUUCUUUUUCGACCAGUGUUCCUAAUGCCCAAAUACACGUAGGAGCUAUCAAAUUUGGUAACCAAACGUUUAGUCAAAAAGAGUUAAACGAGUUUUUAACAACUGAUAUUGGAGACCAAGAGAUAAAAAGUGUUUCUUCUAACAACGAAGUUUCAAUUACAUUGACGAUACCUAUUUGUAAUGAUCCUACUGGUUGCGAAUGUGGCAAUCAACAUCUUCUUGAUGAUGUGUGUCAAAUUGUUGCUAAACGAUGCAGUAAAAAAUUAGGAUGCGUAAACCCUAUUAAACCAGUUGGUCAUUGUUGUUUGAUUUGUGGAGCUUACUUUUUGAUUAAUUAUGACCCAAGACUAUACAAUGAAAACACAUUUUUUAAUGUUUUUAAUUCAAGCAACAAGGAAACACUUGACAAAUUUAAAAAUUAUGAACUUAAUUUUCAUAUAAAAAAAAUAAUCAAUGGAAAAUUACAACUAGUAAUAGCUAGCAAUGCAAAAUACGUAGAUGAAAUUGAUGAAAUAGCCCACAUAUUUUUUAAAAAACUUUCAAGUUCAUAUCUCAAACUGGGCAUAUCAGAUGUGAAGAUGUUCAAUUCUGGACCAUCAUAUGAUAUUGAUGGCUUGACAUUCGGUAAAAUGGCUCUUUAUACAUGCAUAAUUGUACUUUUGUGCAUGUUAGCUAUUAUGUUCUAUUAUAAUGGAGACUGGGAAGUUCAAAUAGCUAGAUUUCAAUCUCGUGGCAGGGUAGUACAUUUUGUAAAGUUUGAAAAUGAUACAGUUGGUGUAGAAUCUAUUGAUGAAAAUAAUGAAAGACAGCGUAAGACAUCUUUUAAUAAUCCUACGUAUGGAUCCAUAGAAAGUACAUCAUAUUCACAGAAUGUCAUCGACACUCUACCUGAUUUGCCAAAAUCAAUAUUGCCAAGUAAAAUUGAUCACAUGGAUGUCGAACUUGUAGAAACUAGUAAUUAUACGAAAUAACUGAUUUAUUCUUAUUAUGUUAAAGAAAACGAUUUAUUAGUGUAACUGAAACUUCAUUUUAAAAUGUGAAAAUUGAAUUGAUGAUUUUACUAUUAUUAUUUUCUUUUAAUAUUAUUAAAUAACACAAAAAUAAGUUUUAAAAGAUGAAACUUGUAAAUUUUUUAAUUGUCAGUUAUUCUUUUUUUAUCAUAAAUUA